AUGCUGCUGCGUUUCCUAGCGCUCGCAGCGCUCACCUAUGCACAGAACGCGUCGCGCAUCGAAUAUAAUGUUCUGAUUGUGGGCGACGUCCACGACGACCUCGCCGCCAUCGACGAAUUGCGAGCGCGCCUCGGCCGCCAGUCGAGAAAGUACCACCUCUUACUAUGUACGGGUGAUCUGACGACGAUGCCGCACGGCAACGUCGAAGGGAGUGCCAAACCGGAAGCGACGCCACACACCAAUGCUUUCGUAAGAAAGGCCAGCGAAGCGGCGCGAGCCUUAGCGACGUUGGCACCUUUAGUGUAUUUCGUGCCCGGGGCGCUGGACCCUUUAGGACUGUAUGAAGCGGACGCCCGACUGCCCCCGGGCCAACCUAGAAAUGCCCACAACAUGGUGGAAAAAGUCACGAGCGCCUUGUGGGUCGCGGGCUGGGGAGGAGCGACGAUGCCCUUUGAAAGAGAUGCGCACGGCAAAAGACGGGCGGCGAACGAGUCGACGGCGCACCCCUGGGACGGGGGCUGGACGCAGUUUCCCUUCGACGAGCGGGAGGCGCAGCGGCGCCAGCAGCCGUGGCGGCGGAAAGUUACGAAGGUGCCCGAGAAUGAUGCUGUGAUCUUACUGACGCACGCCGGGCCCGACGGGUCGGGGACGUCGUUGGUGACGGCGCAGGACGCCGACAGCGCGGGGCCGCGUGGAAAUCAACCUUCACGCCAUCGAGCAGACGCAGUGACGCGGACAACGUUGAAAUUUGAUUUCCACGCAGGUGUGGAGCGGCCGGCGGACGUGCGCGCCCAGCCGCUGCACGCGGGCUCUAUUGCUUUAGGUGAGUUUCUGAGACAAAAGGCGACGCAGCAGCGCGUCGUGUUGCACGCUCAUGGUAGGGCCCAUGCCGCAUUAGGCGUGGCGCGCUUUGGAAGCGCGGUGGUCGUGAACCCCGGGUCGCUGCGCUACACGCGGACCUACGCGUCGGUCACGCUCGAGGAGCGGCGGAUUGGUGAAAGGACGGAGUGGCGGGUCACUCGCGCGGCCGUCGCCGACAUCUCGGACUCGAGCAACGACGCGGAGGAGCCGCCCUACGUGACGUCGCCGCACCUCGCCGCCCUGGCGUUGUCCAUGAUCGUGUUUCUGUUGGUCGCGCUCGCGGCGUCGUGCGCGCGGCCCGCCAGGCGCGUCCCGGCGCCGCCGAUGGCGUUCGCGCCGACGAAGACGCCCAAGUCGCCGCAGAUCAGUCGCGGGACUAGUGUGUGAGUUGUGAAUAAGUGUGUACGUUUAUACGGGGGGAGGGGAGCGCGGGGGGAGGGGAGCUAGCCGUUCAUGCAGCAGAGGGAGGGGAUGGCUGUCGGGAGGGGAUGGCUGUCGGGAGUGUCCAUCCUAGAAGCAGAGGACGUGCGACGGGUCGUGGCCCAGGGCCUCGAGCUUGGCGAUGGCGCUCUUGAUCAUGGGCGGCGGCCCGCAGAUCAACCAAUGCGCCCGACGUGGCCGUCGGCGCCGUGAUAGUUUGAUUACCACACAGGCACCGGAGUGUGCGCCGACCGCGAACUCAAGGACUACUUGGUAGCCAAGGGCCUCGCGACGCUCGACUCGUCGGCCUGUCGAGCGAAGGCGCCGUGCUACGAUGAUGAUACCAUCGAAGGUAGGAUCGAAGGCGCGACGAACGAUUAUUAUCCCGGUCAAACAGAGUACUCGUACUCCUACGCGAGCGACUGGCACCGCAUUUCUCAAAGAUGCGAGGACCUGGCGGUGGAGUGGGCCGUCUGCGCCAUCGAUUUUGGGAUCACUUUUGAUGAUGACUUUUUUAGGGGUCGCGACGACGACCGCCAGUCAUCCACGGACGACGGAACGCUCGCCACGUGCGGCGAGAUCCAAGGUUCAAUAGAGUUCGCGGCGUCCUGCGCAAACACGGCCAUGGUCCAGGUCUGCGCCGAGAAGUACUAUCCCUACGUCGAGUGUUUGUACGAGGCGGCGGCGAUCCACGCGAGCGACGGGGACCUGGUCUGCGUCGAGCUCGACUGCGCGGCGGCGUUGGGGGCUGAUACUUCUGAUGCGGUCGCGGCGCGGCCGGCGGCGCUCGUCGCGGUUACGUGCGCGGCGUUGGUGCUGUAUUGGGCGGCAGUGUCCGCGCGCUAG